CAAUGUAUCAUUACACUAUAAAGAACGCCAGCGAACUUCACAAGGAGUGUAGUUCAAGUCUUCACCACCUUUAACAUUUCACUCUCCCUCUCUCUCUAGAUCUCUCAGCUUUACCUAUUCAAACAAUAUCCUUUGUGCUCUAUCUUCAACACUAGUACUGAAACCUUCAAACAAUGGAGUUGGAUCUUGAAAACCCAGUAACCAGUUUCAACGAUGAAGAUUCCAACACACUUCUUUCGCUCUUCCUCAUUGAACCUGACCAUAUGCUCACUGAUGACUACUCUAAGAUGCUUAAAGCCAGAGAUUUUGAUGUCUCUGUUAGACGAGAAGGCAUUUCUUCAAUCUUGCAGAUUUCAUGCAACUUUGAUCCGUUCUUAUCGUAUCUGGCUGUGAAUUACCUCGAUCGGUUUCUAUCAAGCCAAGGAAUCCCGCAACCGAAGCCAUGGGCCAUUAAGCUUCUUUCAAUCGCCUGUGUUUCUCUUGCUGCGAAGAUGAGGAAAACAGAGCUCACCUUCACUGACAUUCAGGGUGUUGGUGGUUUCAUAUUUGACCCGCAAUCGAUAAAAAGAAUGGAGUUUCUCGUCCUUGGAGCUCUAAAAUGGCGGAUGCGCUCAAUCACUCCCUUCGCUUUCAUUUCUUACUUCAUUUCUCUAUUCAACAUAAAAGACCCACCAUUGAUGCACACUCUUAGAGCUCAAUCCAUCAACAUCAUCCUCAAAGCUCAACACGAUAUUCAGCUUUUAGAGUUCAAGCCAUCUAUAAUUGCUGUAUCAGCACUACUCUCUGCUUCUCAUGAACUAUUUCCCUCCCAGUACGCAUGCCUUAGAAAUGCAAUUCUUCCCUGUUCAUAUGUAAACAAGGAAAGCAUGCAACAAUGCUUCAAUGUGAUGCAGGAAAUCGCCAUUGAUGGAUAUGAGACAGUGUUUGAUGAGAUGUCAAGCUCGGAUACACCAGUCAAUGUGCUUGACCGGCAUUUUUCGGGCUCUGUAAGUGAAAAGACCAAUGGCACUACCACCACCGCUAGUAGUUCUUCAUUAAGGACAGAGAGAGAUAUCAAGAGGAGGAAAAUCAAUGGUCAUUGUAACAAUAACAAUCAGACGGUCCAGAUUUCGCAGGUCCAACAUUGCUGAUGAGACUGAAUCAGAGAACAGUUCAUCGCUAGUACAUUUGAAAGUGACUCCAGCUGCUUCAGAUAAAACAGAGAGAAAAAAUAGAGAGAGAGAGAAAAGGAGUGAUCAGUGAUGGGUUGGAAAGAAGUUGAUAUUUCAGAGAGAAAAUCAGCUACUGUCAUAAAAUCUUUAAGUACGGGCCAUUGAAAACAAAAUGGUGAUAACUGAUGAGUGGAUUAUUAUAAGAUAAGAAUAAUAAUAUUUUUUUUUGUUUUUGCUCU